AUGGGAACUGUGUCUAAAUUUCAACUAAAGUUAUUAAACGAUAUUGCUGGUCUCUUAGAAGAUAGUAACACUUGUGACCUAGUUAUUCGUGUUGGCGAACAGAAAAAAGAAUUUCAAGCACACUCCGGCAUUUUGUCCGCCCGUUCACGUUAUUUUCGCACCGCAUUUUCUCCACAUUGGGCGAGAGAACAUGAUGGAAAAUUUAUACUUGAGAAGCCUAAUGUUUCACCCGAAACUUUUGAAAUCAUUUUAAAAUUUUUGUAUAGUGGUAGAAUUGAAUUGAAUCAACACGAAGGCACGGAAAUUCUAAAAUUGCUCGUCGCUGUUGAUGAAUUACAAUUGGAUGAUUUAUUGGCAUAUAUUCAAAACUAUUUGAUCGAAAAGAAAACUGAAUGGAUCUGUGAAGAUCCAGUAAAAAUUCUAGAAGUUGUAUUUUGCCAUCAAGCAUGCGACAGCCUACGCGAUUUUUGCCUCGAAAAGAUUGGUGAACAGCAGUCAAUCUUCAAAUCCGAUGGUUUUCCUUCAUUGAAUGAAGCAAUUAUAAAAUUAGUUUUGGAACGUGAUGAUUUCGGAGUUGAAGAAAUUGAAAUCUGGGAAAAUCUUAUUAAAUGGGGGAUUGCACAACAUUCCAACCUCGCUGAUGAUAUUUCAAGAUGGUCAAAACAAGAUUUUUCAAAUGUGAAGAAUACAUUGCAACAGCUUGUUCCAUUGAUUAGAUGGGGUUUUGUUGAUUCACGCCAUUUUCGAGAAAAAGUUGCACCAUAUAAAAAAAUUUUUCCUAAAGAGCUCUACGAGAAUUUAAUUGAUCAUUACUUGGAUCCAAAUAUUCCGAUACAAUCAACUUCAGCUCAAGUUCCACGUUCAAUUAUUUCCACAAUCGUUGAUUUCAAAAUUGCUGCUGUAGUGAUUGCAAAUUGGAUUGAUAAUCUAGGUUCAAAUAAUGAAAGACGAAAUCCUUACAGAUUUGUACUUUUAUUCCGUGCAAGCAGAGAUGGAUUUUCUGGUGUGAAAUUUCAUCAAAAAUGUGAUAAUAAAGGGGCAACGGUCGUUUUUGCUAAGCUCAAAUCUAAAGAAAUGAUACUUGGAGGCUAUAAUCCAGGCGACUGGACUAACGAUUGUCAAUGGCACCAUUCUAAUAGAACUUUCUUAUUCUCAGUUCAAAAUUCGAAAAACAUUGCAUCAGCACAAAUCGGUCUUAUUAAUAGCUAUUAUGGUAGAGCAACUUCGCAUAUUCGAACUUGUGGACCAGGAUUUGGGUCUGAUUUUCAUAUCGAUAGAACUGAUAAUUUGUAUCACAGACCAGAUUCUUACCCUAAUGUUUUCAAUAUCGGAGAUGAAAAUCCACAAAAAUUACAAGAAUAUGAAGUUUUCCAGGUCUUAAACAAAUAA